ACUGCCGAUUUUGCAGGUUAUCAAAUACUUCUUCUCCCCACUGUAUGUAUAAACUGAUAUUUAUAAUUGAAUGGAUCAUUAUGCAUGUGAUGUCUCAAACGAUGAAAGAAAGUUUAGAAGUUGUGAUGAGUAUGAUAAUUUCACUGAGAAUCAUCUCAUCAGUUUUGCUCAGCAAGCCAUGUGCAUGUAGGUAUUGUGCUUAUUGUAGACAGUUGUACGUACUUUUUUGCACAUGUGCCAAAACACAUGCAAUUUCUUUAAAUAAAUAAGAAAUUCCAAUCUUUUCUUUCUUCACAAUUCCAUAGCUGAACACUGAACAAUCACCAGGCAUAAUUAGAACAACAAGUAUGAGAAGGUCUUCUUGUUUAUGCGCAUUGACAGCUGUACUGAUGAUUUACACUGUGUGCUUGGUUAUCCGCUUUUUUAUCAAGGAAGUCAUUCCUCCUGAUGAAUUCUCAGACAAUGUCCAGAAAAACAAAAGGGAAUCAACCAAUCGAAACAGAGAUCAGGAACCAACCACUGAGAGGGCAGUUUUUUUAACCGCAGACUAUUGUCAACGUAAUGAAUCUGCGGCCAAUGUGUCAGGUUUCUCCUCCCUGCCCGGUCACAUCCAAGACUUCCUUUUUUAUCGUCACUGCCGCCACUUCCCAAUGCUGCUGGAUGUACCUAAUAAAUGUGGAGGCCUGCACAAGUCUGCUGAGGUCUUCCUUCUGCUGGUCAUAAAAAGCUCCCCUUUAAAUUACGACCGCCGCGAAAUACUACGAAAAACCUGGGCCAAAGAGAGACUGCAGAACGGAGUGUGGAUUCGCCGGGUAUUCCUAUCGGGAACAACAGGUACAGGAUUUGAGAAGGAGAAUUUAAACAAGCUUCUGAGACUGGAGAACCGUGAGCAUAAUGACAUCUUGCAUUGGGACUUCAAUGACACCUUCUUCAACCUCACCCUGAAGCAGAUCCUGUUCUUACAGUGGAUGGACAAGAACUGCCGCCAGGCUCGAUUUCUCCUCAACGGAGACGAUGACGUCUUUGCCAACACUGAUAACAUGGUCCAUUUCCUGCAGAGCCUGAAAAACAACAAUGGUGACCAGCAUCAUUUUUCAGGUUAUCUAAUCAACAAUCUAGGACCAGUAAGAGAUCCAAAGAUAAAGUAUUAUGUCCCAGUACAGGUUCAAGAGUCAGACACAUUCCCCCCUUACUGUGGUGGAGGGGGUUUCCUGCUCUCUGGAUAUACGGCGAUGGUCAUUUACCAAAUGUCCCAUAAUAUUACCAUUUCGCCAAUUGAUGAUGUCUACAUGGGAAUGUGCCUGAAACAGGCUGGUCUGGUUCCUGAGUCCCAUUUUGGAAUUAGGACUUGGGGACUGGAAGUCCCCUCCAAGAAAGUAAAUGCUUAUGACCCUUGUUAUUACAGGGAACUUGUUUUAGUACACAAAUUUCUGCCCCAUCAGAUAUAUAUAAUUUGGCAUGGACUACAUGAACCUGACUUGAACUGUGAUCACAUCUAAAGACAAAAAAGAAAAUCACUGGAGGAUCAGGAUUUACAAUAGAUACCCGUCAUUUGCCUUGUCUGUUCCAUAGCUUUCUUUUUGCUGCAAAGAAAAGUUCUGGAACAGACAAGGCAAAUUAUCUUUGCCACCCUCUUGUUGCUGCAAAACACAUGACGUGGCGAGAUACCAGAAGCAGGUUUUUGUCUACUGUAAAUGUAGCGUUAUACAGCAUAAUUCUGAUUGCUGUGUUUACAAAUGAAUAGAUUUAUACAGAAUAUUCAAACCAGACAAUUGUUUUUAGACCUCAAAGUCACCAAAUGUCAAUGUCAACUUUAUUUAUGAAGCACAUUUAAAACAACUGUUGUUGACCAAAGUGCAAAAUCAAAAUAUAUGAAAUUUCCAGGUACAUUUACAUAGGUACACACAACAAGAAACAGAUGUCAAGAUGGCUUCAUAUUCCCUGCCAUGGUUUAUGUGUCCAGCUAAAUGCAUUUAUCCCACAUUUCUUUUGGAUCUGGAUUUAACAAUGUACCAAACUGAGCUGGGACAUGGACCUUUUUCAACAGGAGAUUGAGGGGGAAAAAAAUACUUAGGAAGGUGGAAGCAGAUGCAGAAGCAACUAAGUAAGUUCAUUGCAACUCAAAACAAAACUGAGCGUCUCUGGAAAUAUACAGAACUGAUAUG